UGUCAUUGAGAGGCGGGACUUCCGGCACCGCCAUUGCGGUCCUCAUUUUGCUGCUGGUGGGUUGGGCUACAGCAGGCCUCUGGAGCCAGACCAGGGCACGGGAGUCGGUGCAGGGACCGUCACCGCGCCUUCACACGCACCAUAGUCCCCGGCUAAUUACUCUGCUUUUAUGAGCCAAGGUGUUCCCGAAAGUGGAGCCACCGCCACGCGUCUCCAGGGUCUCCAUACCCAGCCUUCGUCCCUGCGGUGCCCGGAGGCCUUGCGCGCAUUUUGCAUUCGGGAAGACAGGUCCUGAGUGCGACCGUUACCCAGCGGAAGUGUGAGGGUUCGGCCCAGCGGCAGGGCUAGCCCUGGCGCCUCCUGUUAUGGCCCUGCCCAGCCCACAGGUUCUAAUGGGGUUGCCAGCAUCGCUGAUGGGCCCGGCGCAGCAUACUUCUUGGCCCUGUGGCUCAGCUGUCCCCACAUUGAAGAGCAUGGUAACCUUUGAAGAUGUGGCUGUAUAUUUCUCCCAAGAGGAGUGGGAGCUCCUUGAUGCAGCCCAGAGGCACCUGUACCACAGUGUGAUGCUGGAAAACCUUGAGCUUGUGACCUCACUUGGUUGUUGGCAUGGAGUAGAGGGUGAGGAGGCCCAUCCCGAGCAGAAUGUUUCUGUAGAAGUGUUACAGGUCAGGAUCCCUAAUGCAGAUCCUUCCACCAAGAAAGCUAACUCCUGUGACAUGUGUGGGCCAUUCUUGAAAGACAUUUUGCACCUGGCUGAGCAUCAGGGAACACAGUCUGAGGAGAAACCCUACACAUGUGGAGCAUGUGGGAGAGACUUUUGGUUGAAUGCAAACCUUCACCAGCACCAGAAGGAGCACAGUGGAGGGAAGCCCUUUAGAUGGUACAAGGACAGGGAUGCACUUAUGAAGAGCUCUAAAGUCCACCUGUCAGAGAACCCCUUCACUUGCAGGGAAGGUGGGAAGGUCAUCCUGGGCAGCUGUGACCUCCUCCAGCUUCAAGCUGUUGACAGCGGGCAGAAGCCAUAUUCCAAUCUUGGGCAGCUUCCAGAAGUCUGUACCACACAAAAACUCUUCGAGUGCAGCAACUGUGGAAAAGCCUUCCUGAAGAGCUCCACUCUCCUCAACCAUCUGAGAACUCACUCUGAAGAGAUACCAUUUACAUGCCCAACAGGUGGAAAUUUCUUAGAGGAGAAAUCAAUCCUUGGUAAUAAAAAAUUUCACACUGGGGAAAUACCCCAUGUGUGUAAGGAGUGUGGGAAGGCCUUUAGUCACUCAUCUAAGCUGAGGAAGCACCAGAAAUUUCACACUGAAGUAAAAUAUUAUGAGUGCAUUGCAUGUGGGAAAACCUUCAACCACAAACUCACAUUUGUUCAUCAUCAGAGAAUUCACUCAGGAGAAAGACCUUAUGAGUGCAGUGAAUGUGGGAAAGCCUUCAGUAACAGAUCACACCUCAUUCGGCAUGAGAAAGUUCACACUGGAGAAAGGCCUUUUGAGUGCCUGAAAUGUGGAAGAGCCUUCAGCCAAAGCUCCAAUUUCCUUCGGCAUCAGAAAGUUCACACACAGGUAAGACCUUAUGAGUGCAGUCAGUGUGGUAAAUCCUUCAGCCGAAGCUCUGCUCUCAUUCAGCACUGGAGAGUUCACACUGGAGAAAGACCGUAUGAAUGCAGUGAAUGUGGAAGAGCUUUUAACAAUAACUCCAACCUUGCUCAGCACCAGAAAGUUCACACCGGAGAACGGCCUUUUGAGUGCAGUGAAUGUGGAAGAGACUUCAGCCAAAGCUCCCAUCUCCUUCGACAUCAGAAAGUUCACACUGGAGAACGGCCUUUUGAAUGCAGUGAUUGUGGUAAAGCCUUCGGUAAUAGCUCCACCCUCAUCCAGCACCAGAAAGUACAUACUGGGCAAAGGCCUUAUGAGUGCAGCGAAUGUAGGAAAUCCUUCAGCCGCAGCUCCAGCCUGAUUCAGCACUGGAGAAUUCACACUGGAGAAAAGCCUUACGAGUGUAGUGAGUGUGGGAAAGCCUUCGCUCACAGCUCCACUCUCAUUGAACACUGGAGAGUUCACACAAAAGAAAGGCCUUAUGAGUGCAAUGAAUGUGGGAAAUUCUUUAGCCAAAACUCCAUUCUCAUUAAGCAUCAGAAAGUUCAUACUGGAGAAAAGCCUUACAAAUGCAGUGAAUGUGGGAAAUUCUUUAGCCGAAAAUCUAGCCUUAUUUGUCACUGGAGAGUUCACACUGGAGAAAGGCCUUAUGAAUGCAGUGAAUGUGGGAGAGCCUUUAGCAGUAACUCCCACCUGGUUCGUCAUCAGAGAGUUCACACACAAGAAAGGCCCUAUGAGUGCAUCCAGUGUGGAAAAGCCUUUAGUGAAAGAUCUACACUUGUUCGGCACCAGAAAGUUCACACCAGAGAAAGGACUUAUGAGUGUAGCCAGUGUGGGAAACUCUUCAGCCAUCUUUGUAACCUUGCACAGCAUAAAAAGAUUCAUACCUGAGUGGAGCCUUAUGGAAGUGGUCUUUGUGAGAAAAUCUUCAGCCAAGACAAACUUCAUGCAGCAGAAUCCCCAUACCAGAAAAAUUACCUACAUGUACUGCUAAUGUGGAAAAGCCUUCAGAAGCUACUCUGUUUCUGACCAGCCCAGGAACCUUUGCAGGGCCAUCUCACCCAUGCAGCAUAAGGCAGAAGCCAUAGUCAGUUUCCAUCUUGCCUGGAUCCAAAAAUCUGCAGCAGUCCUGUCCUCAUGCAUGGGGAAAACAGUACCCUGAGCCUUCCUUCCUGUGUCCUCUAGGGAUUCGGGACUGUGCUCAGCUCAAUGGAAUGGUUUAAUUCCCAUUGCCUCUGAGAGGGUUAGGCAGUGAACUGAACCCAAUGCUGGUUGAGGGGCCUUGAGGGAAAUCUAAUUUGAGCUCAGGAAGAUGCACAUUCCUUGUGGAUGUGGUCAAGUCUGUGUUUAACCCCUAAGAUGUGCCCAUUGAGGCCACAAAUCACCCUCCACUGGAAUCACCUACCUUGCCUGCACUAACUGGUGAUAAUAAAGACCUUAUUGAUCAGGUCACCUUUAAUCUUAGGGGUUCUGUUGGGGUAGGUUAAGAAAAUGAAUGGAUAGAGUGGGGAGUGCCUUUUGGGGGCACAAAAUCUGCCUAAGGGCACAGUAGAAGAGCGGGUAGUUGCUCUGUCCUGUUGUAGCCUACUUUGCAUUGCUAUGUGAAAGACUGGGAAAGACUGAAAGGCUUUGGAUUGAACAUAGUGGCCUAUGUUUCAGUUACCGUAGGGCCCAGAGCUUACCCAGAGGAAAAAUAAAUUCAUCUACAACACUAAAAUAGUCACAGGGUCACCAAGGCAAAGAUCUAGAGGGGUCCAUGGAGGACUCUAUGUGCAUAGAGAAACACUGGAUGUGAGGUAAUAACCAGGGAUUUGGGUAGACUGGUGAACUAGGGCACAUGCCAUCAUGGACAAAGGAAUAGUCACAGUUCCCCAUCAACUGGGACUGUGCAGGGUGAGGGUGUGCAGAACAACUCCAGAGCUACAGACCUUUGUAUUUGCCAUGUUAAAGUUUUUGCCACAGUUGAAGCAGAUAAAUGCAAUGUCAUGUACAUUCACUUCACCUCUCUCAAACUGUAUCUUGGCACCCAUCACUCCCCAGGUAGGAACUGGGAGCUGAGAGAAGUGAUAGCCUGACGUCCAGGAAAGUGGUUUCUGUAGUCUGGCCAGGGUUUCUGGUCACUAACACAUACUUCAUGCCUUCACAGUCUUGCUGGCCAACAGAGUGGGCACAGGCAGAUGGGGGCAUUUAACACAGUUGACAGAGCUGGUAUUUUAGAAGGAGCUAGAGAUCCGGAACCUUGUAGAAUAUGGUGUUUGGCACCUUUUUUUUUGAUACGGAGUCUUGCUCUGUCGCCCAAGCUGGAGUGCAGUGGCACGAUUUUGGCUCACGGCAAGCUCCACCUCCUGAAUGGCUCACGCCAUUCUCCUGCCUCAGCCUCCCGAGUAGCUGGGACUACAGGUGCCUGCCACCACACCCAGCUAAUUUUUUUGUAUUUUUAGUAGAGACGGGUUUUCACUAUGUUAGCCAGGAUGGUCUCGAUCUCCUGACCUCCUGAUCUGCCCAUCUUGGACUCCCAAAGUGCUGGGAUUACAUGCAUGAGCCACCGCACCUGGCCGGCACCUAUUUUAAAAGCUUAUUUACCAUGUAAUUUCAGCAUCAUCACAUGUGAGCUGUUGCUGUUUCUUUGACCUCCCCCAUACAAGGAAGUACUCAUGAGAACAUUGGCUGGGAUGUGAACAGGAGUCCCCAUAAAGGAGAGGCCUGGCCAGGUGCAGUGGUGCACACCUAUAGUCCUAGCCGCUUGAGAGGCUGAGGCAGGAGGAUCUCUUGAGCCCAGGAGGUUGAGUCCAUCCAGGGCAACAUAGCAAGGCACCAUCUCUAGAAAAGAAGGGUGGCCUGCGCUCACAUCACUGAACAGCAUUUUCAGUAGCCACUGCUGCUUCCACAUCUGUCCUAUAUCCCUCUCUGUUCUCCCUGCCUAUGUGAAUGUCACCUAACAGGCUCAGCAGUGGGAUAUGUGACAGGACCAGUACUCCAUGACUGGUCGUUCCUCACCCUGACCAUGGCACUCUUGCCCUGCCAAAGAUUGUGCUCCUGGCUGAACGUUAGGCAGUGUACUCCAGGUAGAAACCCCACACAAGGGAGUGGAUCAAACCUUCACCAACAAUAGACCAUUUAUGGUGAAGACCACCUUUUCAGAUGUGACAUGGCUCACAGUAAGAGCACUUUUCAGUUCAUGCACAGCAAAAUUCAUAAGUGAGAGGACUCGAGGGCCAGGCAUUUGUGAAGGCUUUCCAGGGUAACUACCCCCUUCCAGCACUGGAGUACCAGAAUAAUGAGAAGCUCAAAAGAGAAUGUGGAAAGGCCUUCCUUUCUCCAUCACCAGAGUACUCAUGGCACAGGGAAGCCAUGAAGAAGAGAUGAGUGAGAAGAUGCUGCCACACAGCUCUAACAUCAGAUAACACCGGGCAGGCCAUGAUAGGGAGAAGCCCUUCAAGAGCAGUGGCUAUGGGAAGACAUGAAGACUUUUGCCCUCUUCAACCACCUAAGAACCCACAUUGAAGAGAGAUCUUUAAAUACUUGGUAUGAAGAAAGACCCUCAAGAAGAAAUCAAUUCUUAUCUAUAACCAAAAAAUUCACAAUAGAGAAAACCCCUGCAUCUAAGGAAUGUGGGAUGGUCUUCAGUCACCUCUCCUAUGUGAGAAAGCAAUAUAAAGUACCUAUGGGGAAAAGGCAUUACAAAUGCAGUGAAAAUGGGAAAGCCUUCAGCUAUAGACACCCCCUUUUAAGAAAAAUCACCAGAGAAUUCACAAGAGAGUUAUGGGCAACAAAUGUGGGAAAGCCACAGCUCCCAGAAUCUUAGGCGGCACUGUAUUACUGCUAUUGCAGAAGCCACCUGUAUUAGUUACCUAUUGCUGUGUAACAAAUUACUCAAAACCUAGUGGCUUACAACAAUAGUCACUAUUUCACAGUCUCUAUAGGUCAGGAACUUUGGUGCAGCUAGCUGACUCCUCUUUAGGGUUUCUCACAAGGCUAACAUCAAGAUGUCAGCUGGGGGUGUGGUCAUCUGAAGGCUUGACUAGGGAAGGCUCUGCUUCCAAGCAAACUCACGUAAUUGGCAGCAUUCAGUUUUUUGUGGGCUGCUGGACUGAGGACCCGUCUGUUGGUCUGAGACCUCCUCCAGUUCUCUGCCACAUGGGCCUCUCCAAAAUGGCAGCUUGUCAAUCAAAGCUUGCAAGCUGAUCAUGCAAUGGAGAAUACCAACAAGUCAGUCAUUUGUAACCUAAUAACAGAAGUGAGAUCCCAUCAUCUUUGCUAUAUUUAGUUAGAAGCAAGUCACUUGGUCCAGCCCACAGUCAAGGGGAGAGCAUUACACAAGAGCAUGAAUACCAGAGGGCAGAGAUCAUUGGAAGCCAUGUCCAAAGCUGCCUGCCAUACUGUCUCAUCUCUGCCACCUGGAAAGAUCUCAUGAUAUGUAUCAGUCUCCCUCACUGUGCUAAGGGAAAGCAGACUAUACUCCCUUUUCCAUUCUCUAGAGAGAAUUACAUAGGCUUUGAGUACCCUCAUUUUCUUUCCCACUGAUGGCUUUAGAUUUUGGUAUGAAAAUUCUUGCUAAGAUCUGAGCUGGUGUCUUCUGGAGCUUUCCAGAAAAGUUUUCUUGGCCAGGCACAGUGGCUCACGCCUAUAAUCCCAGCACUUUGGGAAGGUGAGGCAGGCAGAUCAUGAGGUCAGGAGAUCGAGACCAUCCUGGCUAACAUGGUGAACACCUCUACUAAAAAUACAAAAAACUAGCCAGGUGUGGUGGCAGGUGCCUGUAGUCCCAGCUACUUAGGAGGCUGAGGCAGAAGAAUGGUGUGAACCUGGGAGGCAGGGUGUGCAGUGAGCCGAGAUCGUGCCACUGCACUCCAGCCUGGGCGACAGUGUGAGGCUCCAUCUAAAAUAAAUAAAUUAAAAAAAGAAAGAAAGAAAAAAA